AUGGCGUCGAUGGUGCUCCCGCAGUUAGACGGAUACGCAGAGAACCGCAGGGCGAAGAAGAACGCUCAUAAGAAGAAGAAGAAGAAACAGAAUAAGAAGAAGCAGUCGUCGCAGGGUGACUCCAACGCGCCGAGUUGCAGCGAGUCUCCUCCGUCGUACAAGAGUACGGCUGACGAUGCUGAUGCUGCCCAGUCGCGCGCUCCGUCUUCUGUGGAUACGCUGCGCCUCCCACUGAUUGUUGAUGGGGCAUCCUGGGGGAAGAAACAUAGUCAGGCUCAGAGUCAAUACGCCUACGGGGUUAAUCAUCCCGCUUCGCACUCCUAUCAUGACACCUCUUUCGUCACACAAACCUCCGCUGCGCCUUUGCAUUCCCCUUCCAUUGCGGCAUCCACCGAAGAGACAAUCCGCGCUUCAAGUGUGCAAAGUGGGAUCCCCGGGGACGUGAGCGUCUCUUCCUCGGCGCCCAAGAAACUGCCGUAUUGCCAUGUUCAUGGAACGGCAACCUGCCGAUUCGAUCCCGAAUGCUGUGUUCACAAGGCCCGGGCCGAUUGCGACUGCCCUCGUCGGCCCUCGUGCUGCUGUGUCCACCACGCUGGAGAUUGUUGUACCUGCGUGUACACCGCGCGGAGCGGGUAUGUCAAUGGAGCGUACAGCUUGAUAGGCCAUGAUUUGCCAUCGUAUGCACCGCACCCAGUGUCCAAGAACGGCGAGGUGGUUUCAGCGGACCCCAAACACGUAUCUAAGAACUGGCCGUUGAAGGAUAACGAAACGAGCUCUAAAAAUGUCGCUGAAAAUGGAAUCGCAAAGAAACAUCCUGAAACCCCUACCGAAUUUGACGACGGUCCCCUCGCCGCGUACAUCCUUCGCCUCUAUGACAGCGAGGAAUUUCACGACUGCCGGAUCCUACUGAAGUCGGGCAAAGACAACUUCCCACCGAUCACCAUCCGCACACACAAGGUAUUGAUCGCCCGCAGUCCUCUUCUCGCCGCAGUUUUGAAGUCACCUGCAGCCAAGCAGGAUAUACCCGAAAUAGUAGCCAUGGCGGGUGAGAACUUCCUGUUGGUCAAGGCGUUUGGGAUUGCGCUUCAGAGUCUGUACGGGUUGGCCCUCUUGAACCAAAAACGGCUCAGGUCCAUGACACUCUUCAGUCUGGGAUACACCGAAGAGAGUAUCAAAUCGUCUCCAUAUCCGAUCAACACGGCACUGGCGGAUUUUGCCAUGUGCUACGCCACCUCCGGGGCUUUCCUUCAGCGGCGUGAUAUUGUCGAAACGGGAAUCAAGCUGAUUGUGGAAGUCAUCAACUGGGACAACAUCGAAUUGAUCUUCUACUUUGGCUUCUGCAUAUCCAAGUUUCUCGUCACGGCGCCCCAGAUCGCAGAGCUUGAGAAAUCCUCAGCCAAUCAGCCAGCCACCAAUAACCAGGCAACGCCAAACAAGGUCAACGACGCCAACGACGAGCUCCUGACCAAAUGGGCUGCGCAUCUACUAACCGCCGCAUUGGACUUUGUCGUCAGCCGCAUGGAAUCCGACUUCGCCUUGUUCCCUCAGGCCCACUGCAAAGGCAUGCCCGACCGGAUUCCCGAAUACCUAGACUCCUCUCCCACACCUUCUCUCCCCAACCCAAAACUGGCAGAGGUCAAGUUCGGUUCCUUCGCAGCUCUCGAGGAACAGAAGCAAAGCCCAGAGAUCGUGACCACGUCAGCCGUCCUCGUCUGCUUGCCCUUCGAGCACUUGAAGGAGGCUUUUGUCAAGAUGAACGCACGCGGUAUCUUGUCGAGUAGCCUGGCCCAGGCGAUCUUGCGGGAGCGGGAGCGACGACGGGUUCAGGCCCUGCGUGCGUUUGCUCGGCUGCGCGCCCAGAGCAGCGAGCAGGAGAUCCCGGCGGAGAUAAUCGAGCUGGGGUAUCGGGAGUUCUUUACUUCGAGAAACGUUUUCUCUGAUACCGCAGAGGACUCGUCUACCGCGUCUUUGGAGAUUUCUCUGGAAAGAGAAUGGAUUGGAUUGGCUGUUGGGGAGGUGGUCGUCAAGCACAGAGUGAUUAAAAUGGCAAAGGAGUAG